AUGUCGCGCGCUGAUGCUGGACGCCUGAUACAUCUGUCAAAAAAGCGUGAAAGGGCUAAAGAAGAUAUCGAACAGCAGCUGAAAAAAAUAGAAGAGGAAUCAACUAGAAGAGCAGCUGGGAUUUCUUCGAAAUUCACCGCAAAUUAUGACGCUAUCGAAGAAAGUCUAAAGACAAAAACAGUAGGAUUGGUGACGUUAGACGAAAUGCGUGAAAAGCAAAAGGAUGUUGUACAUGAUAGUCUUGACAUUGCAAAACUCCUUGAAGAAAAGUGUAAACAUUUAAAGCGGGUACUUUCUUUUGCAUUUGAAGAUGAUGAGGAGGAAGAGGAGGAACCAGUCAUUGUCAAGAAAAGAGUUGGAAUGGACCCAACAAUUGACACAAGUUUUCUUCCGGAUAAGGAACGUGAAGCUGAGAUUGCUAGGAGAAAGGAAGAGUUAGCUGCCGAGUGGAGGGCACAACAAGAAAGGGAGAAAAAUGAAGAAAUAACAGUGGCUUUUGCUUAUUGGGAUGGAUCUAGUCAUAGGAAAAAUUUGAAGGUCAAGAAGGGAAAUACAAUAUCGCAGUUUUUGGGCUGGGCUAUAGAGGUUUUGAAAAAAGAGUUUACGGAACUAAAGACAAGCGUACCUGAAAAUCUAAUGUUUGUCAAGGAAGACCUUAUAAUUCCUCAUUUCUACACGUUCCAAGAUUUUAUUGUAACUAAAGCAAUGGGUAAAACGGGACCUUUGUACGAGUUUGAUGCAGCUGGCGAUGUGCGAAUACGACAAGAUGCAGCUUUAGAUUGUGGAGAAGCUCAUCCUGCAAAGGUAGUCCUUCGAGGAUGGUACGAGAAGAAUAAACACAUUUAUCCUGCUUCACGAUGGGAACCAUUUGUGCCAAACAAAAAAUAUGGACGCACCAUUGAUGAUCUAUCAACUAUUUAA